ACCUCCGGCUCCAAGGCGUCUCAGCCGCAACAAUCCAACAUCAUCAAGCCUCGCCUCCAUGUGUUGCCUAGAUCUCGUGCAGAACACGCCCUACGUGCAGUGAGAGAUGCAAAACAUUAUUCGGGAUACUGGGAUUUCUGUCGUCUACGAGCCUGAGAACUGCUCUCCAGUCGUGGACAUUAUCAUCGUCCAUGGCUUACAGGGCCAUCCGUACAAAACAUGGACUCGUUCCACAAAAAAUUCCGAGACUGAUCAAUCGUCAACAACCUCCCAGCCAGCAGAAUGCAAAAAGCAGCGAAGGAGCGUCAUCCGACGCGUCGCUACUCGACUUCGUGGAAAUUCAUCGAAGGCUAUGCCGAAAGCCGAAACAGACGUGAACUCUACUAAUAUGAUAAAGGCCCACAAUACAGGAUCCACGUCUGUAUUCUGGCCUGCUGAUCUACUUCCCAAAGAUUGUCCAAAUUCGCGCAUCCUCAUGUUUGGGUACGAUAGUAAGAUCACCAAGUACACGGCCGGUGCGAUAAACGAGAAUAGCAUUUUUUCACACAGCAAAGACCUUCUGUUUGCGCUGGCCAGGCAAAGAAUUCUUGAUCGCCCAUUGAUUUGUGUCGCCCAUAGCCUCGGUGGUAUCAUCAUCAAAGAAAUGCUCGCAAUAUCUUCAUCAUGUAAAGAAAGGGAACACAAAAAUGUUGUUCAGUCAACUUCGGCAGUCAUAUUUCUUGGCACACCUCAUCGAGGUAGCCUAGAUGUCGCAGCACUCGGCGAGGUGGUACGAUCGCUCAUCAGUACCUUGGGUAUGGAGACAACUCCCGCUAUACUUGAUUCUCUUGGCUUGAAAACUACGGAUCUGGAACGUGCACAAGAGGAGUUCUCCAGGCUAUGGCAGAGAUAUGACUUCCGAGUCAAGACCUUUCAGGAAGGCCUCAACUUGGCGAAACUUGGGAGGAAGGUGGUUCCCGAUUACUCCUCCUUGAUUGGAGACUAUCGUGAAUACGCCGAGACUCUUCAAGCGAAUCACAUGGAAAUGUGUCGGUAUUCUGGAAUCGACGAUCCAAACUACCGCAAAGUAGCUGGAGAGCUACAUUCUAUAUACCACGCUACCGCUAGGAUGACCAAACAUAAGCUCGGUCAAACUCGGCGAACACCGCCCGGUGAACCAGGAUUGUUAUCAGAAAAACCAGCCACAGCUACCAAGAAGAGCCAAGAGAACCUAGGUUCCCUCCAAUGCCUAUGGUUUCCCGCUAUCAACAUUCGACUCCAGAGUUUAGGAGAGCCGGCUGAGCGAACAUGUCACUGGCUGUUUGAGCAUGGCUUGUAUCAAGAUUGGUUCCAUGGCCGCAAUAAGGAGAACCACCGGGGCCUCCUUUGGCUGAAAGGAAAACCAGGCACAGGGAAAUCCAUAUUGAUGAGAGAGGCGUUCCGUCGAGCUGCACUCGGACAAGCCAAGUCUCAGUAUCAAGCUGCAGCCUUCUUCUUUAGCGCUAAAGGAGAUAAGCUAGAGCACUCUCUAACUGGUCUUUUCCGAUCCUUGCUUUAUCAGCUUCUACCUGGGGAUAGUAAGUCUCUGAGGAGCUUCCACGAGAUCUUGGAUGCAAAAAGAUUGAGUGGCGGCAUCAAGCCAAAGACUUUCCCUUGGAAUGAAUUGGAGCUCGAGAGUAUUUUCCAGUCUAUCUUUUACAAGUGGACCAAGAAGAGAACGAUGAUUUUCGUCGAUGCUCUUGAUGAAUGUGAUUCGAAUGACAUUCGACAUAUAGCCUUCUUUUUCCGGCAAGUCACGAUAUUAGCCGAUAAGGUGGGGGGUGACCUAAGUGUCUGCUUAUCUAGUCGACACUUCCCCUCUAUUACGGUGUGUGAAUGUCCAGAAAUAAUCGUGGAGGAGCACAACAGCCACGAUAUUGCAACAUAUGUGGAGCAGAGGUUUCAACUCGGAAUCGCCACCCAGGAAGAACAAUGGGAACUCUUGAGAGACAUCAUCCUGAAGAAGUCCUCUGGAGUCUUUCUGUGGGUAAUCUUGGUGGUGGACGAAGUGCUUAGGGACUGGGAUGAUGGCAAGGACAUCCAAUACUUGACUAAGCGUCUUAAGAACGUCCCUGACGCCCUUAAAGCCCUGUUUUCUGAUAUUUUCUCCAAUCUCAGUGUGGAGACAAGGAACUUCACGGUUCGGCUUUUUCAGUGGGCUAUUUUGGCGAUAAAACCCCUUCGUCUUCACGAGUGGUAUCACAUAAUGGCCUUCAUAGGAGAACCCACGCCAUCGUCUCUUGUUGAGUGGCAAAGAUCGCACAACUUCAUAAGAAACGAUGACCAGCUUGAGAGGCAGAUCCGGAGUGUCUCUAGGGGUUUAGUCGAGGUGACGAAGAUCAAAUCAGAUGACCCUCAAGAUGUGGACACUGAAAAGAUGUCUCUUCACGCUGGAGCUGGAUCGUUCAAUCUUGAGCACGGCGAUACCCGAAUCGUUCAAGUGAUACACGAGUCGGUACGUGGCUUCUUUUUGGGAAGCGAUGGGUUCUGUAUCUUAGACCCAUUCCUGAAACCCGAUCCCAUCAGCAAAGGACACCUUUCCAUAAUGGCGACUUGUCUCGACUAUCUGAAUAUUACCGAGCUGGACGCCCUCGUCCAGGCAAGGACUCGAGCAGGUCGACAAGUCCGGUAUCGUCCUACAAAAGGUUUCCCUGAUGUGGCCACAUCCGACAGCACUGAUUCUUCUUGUUUGGGUGCUUCUGCAAUGUAUCAGGGUCGUCUACCCGACAACGCCCCAGCACCAUGUCAAAAGCCAACAUUCGAGACAGGGACGCCAAAUGUCUUCGAGAUGCUCAGAUCGUCUGACCCAUAUCCGAAAAUAGACGUCAUUAAGUGGAUGGCAGAUGAUAUGUCACUUUCUGACGGAUCGGUCCCUCCAAGUGAGCGCUCAUUCCAUUCGUCCACGCAUUUCUCCGAUGCAAGGCGGUCCCAAAUUUUGGAAGCACAUCCCGCGCUACUUUCGUACGCUGCCUUCAGUAUGUUCAGGCAUGCUCGAUGGGUGAAUGUUGAUGUGGUUGACCCGACCUCUAUCGCCAAGCGUCUCCAAGACAAGGCAACGUGGGCUCGUUGGAUAGCACUGAGAGAGGACGUGGCCCAAGACACUACACUCUUUGAGUACGUCCGCGAUCUGUCGAUAUAUUCAUGGCUUCCCUAUAUCACAUCAGGACCAAGAUUUCGUGAAUCUGCUUUUAUCCCCCGAAACCUCUCUCAUCACCCUGGUUAUAAACCACGCAGAAGACCAAUAAGUGUUGCAAGUUUCGGUUCUGCGAGCAGUCAUGACGGACGCUAGUAGUCGAAACCAAGCCAUCUUCGGGUUUACGUCUCUUUUUCCGUAUCAGCAUAACUAUUUGUCGAGUGUACAUUAUGGCUUUAGAAAUGCAAAUUUGUUCCCCACCACCCCGCUAAUCUUCCAAUGUUUGAAUGCUCAAUAUUUGCUUUUAAAAUGGGAUUCAAAAUCAACAGUUGUGCAUAUGGCGACUCGAAAAAUGCUGUAUAAUCGGCGUACGGCAACCCCACCGAUAUUCCUGCCGUAAUUUCCGGCCAUAUC